AAACUGCGAUGUAUUUUUCAAAAUUCAAUUCAAGUUUGGUCAGAGAUCUGUUGAAUCCAAUUUUUUUUUCAAGUAGAGCCUGAUUCAAUAAUGUGUAAAACACCAGAGGGCCAACUGUUCCUCCUGUGAUACCUGAGACAAUAAUUAAGUUUUAAACAGAUGGACUAGAUUUUACCACAUUUACUGAGUCAAUUUCUGGGCUCAAUUAGUAAUGUGAUGAAACAUGAGGCACCCAAACAGACUCUUACUGAUUCUUACAUAAUGGCUGCAGCACUUCAUUUUAGACAACACAAGGGGGAAGUGACACAACAAGAACUUAGUUAGGAAUACCUCAAAAACGUACCUCCAAUAUAGAGAUAAAGGCAUGCAAAGACAGCUAAAAGUUUGUUUGCCCACAAUUUUAGUAUUUUUUUAUAUAAUGAUGAAAACAAGAUAAAACCAUUUAUACAGAAGAUGUUGGCAUAAAAAAGUCUGUCCUGAAAUAGUAAAAAAAAAGAGUAAAUUUUAUGGCUAAACGAUUACAGCAGAAAUCACCAAAAGUGAUUAAAUGUAGGCAAACUGUAAUGAAAAAGAAUUACAUAAAAACUGUAAAAAGUAUCCACAUAGAUUGGUAAAAUAAAUAUAUAAAAAGCUUGACGUCCCAUAAAGAUGGAAUAAUGUUAGCACGGACUAGCUAAAGCCAGAAAAACAUAUAGAAAAAGGUUAUAUUUAUGUCAAAAAUAUUAGAGAAGACAAAAUUUAGUCCAAAAUAAAAUUAAGGACAGAUAAAAAUCUGUAAUGAAAAAGAAAAACCCCUAAUUUUGCCCUGCAGUAAAUUUUUAUUAAAACCAAAUCAACUCAAAGACAUCAAGCGAUGCUAAUCGAUGCUAAUCUGGUUUGCCAUUAGAGGCAACAUAACUUAUGGUUGAAACAAACUUAGCUAAACAAACUAAAAACUUUAGAAGGGGAAACUUGUAGGAAAUUAUGGACUGUAUAAUGUUGGAAAUAAUUAGUUAAAAUAAGCAAAAACACAUUGUAAACUAGGAAGGGCUGAUUGACAGCCAAAGGAUAGCUACGAAGAAUGUGCUAGAACAAAUACGAAAGCAUUGGAAACCUGUUUAUUGGAUGUAACAAAUCAUUAGUUUCUAAUUGUUUUACUGUCAAAAUGUAACCUGUGAUAUUCUCCCACUGUGGACCCUGACUGACUUACCCAGGAGCUGCGGUGGGCUCCGGGGCUGUGCGGUGGUUGUUGGUCGUCCUGAAGGUGGAGUCUGUGGUUUCACCACAUGCCUGUGUCAAUCUAAGGUUUCUUCACCUCCUGGUCAUGUAUAAUUCAUCCUGAGAAGACGCUGAUCCCCUGGAGACAGAAACACCAGGGAAGGAUGAGUGGAAGAGUCACAGAGGGAGCAGAGAGGAGGAGAAGGAGGUUAUGGAGGAGGUGGCGGUGAAGAAACGGCCCAUAAUCUCUGCCAGGGAACGAGGCCCAGGUCCUGCCCGUUAUGCUCUGCCCCCUACUGUUGGAUACAUCAACCAUGACUUCACCAAACCCAGCAGCCCGGCGUACACCCUGCACAGCCGCAACAGAACUCUUAGUUCUGCAGACUCCAGUCCAGGACCACGGUACCACGUCGGAGCCAGUGUAACCCGGUUUGGGCAAAUAAAGACACCAUCCUACUCUAUCCUGGGUAGAACUGGUCGCUCAGGAAGUAAAGGUGAGUUGUUCCAGACUCCAGGUCCUGGAGCCUACAGUCCAGAAAAGGCUCCACCUCUAAACAACCACGUCAGAGCUCCGUCCUACUCCAUGGGCUCCAGGACCAGAUACCGAUCUUCAGAUGCAGUUCCAGCACCAAACAGCUACAGCCUCCCUAACCUCCUGGGCUGCCAGGUUCCUACCAAAGCCUCCAGUGCCAGCUUCAGCUUCUCAGGGCGCAGGAAGGUCGGAGAUCCCACUGAGGAUCUUGCCAUGAGCCCCGGACCCGCAAAAUACAGUAGCACCAACCCAGACAUUUACCACCGGCGUCAGCCGUCCUUCUCCAUGCAGGGCCGCUCCAAAAGGCCGAGUUAUUCCCUCACUAUUCCCGGCCCGGGGGCCUACAGGCCGGAGAAGUAUCAUCUGCAUCUUCCCAAACCUCCAUCUUUCACCAUGGGCAUCCGGCACUCUGAGUUCGUUACUCCACUAGUGGUGGAUGUAGUUGAUUGACAGAAAUUGAGAGGAAAUGUCCGUUGAUGU